AGGUUCAAAGCUGUUAACAGAAUGCCGUUUGUUGAUACCAGUAUGAAAACGUAACUCGUACGUUUUCUUUAGAGUCAGUAUCGUUUGUAUUUUUGAACAUAAUAUUCGUCUUAUUUUUAUCAUUAGAAAUUAACAUUUCAACACGGAAAAAUGUUAUUCUAUUCGUUUUUCAAGUCCCUUGUUGGGAAAGAUGUGGUUGUAGAGCUAAAAAAUGACCUCAGUAUUCAUGGUAUUUUACAUUCAGUGGAUCAAUAUCUUAAUAUCAAAUUGACUGACAUUAGUGUUACAGAUAGUGAAAAAUACCCUCAUAUGUUGUCAGUUAAGAACUGUUUUAUUCGAGGAUCUGUAGUACGAUACGUUCAACUUCCUGCCGAUGAAGUCGAUACACAAUUGCUACAAGAUGCUGCCCGAAAGGAAGCUUCGGCACAAACUCGAUAAAUUAUUUUAACAAAUUUUACCAAAUCUUGUCUUAUUGCAUUAAAGUCAUUUGUAAACAAACCUA